AGCGUCAAAUCCGCCGUUAGCCUUCGUGAUUGCAUAUUGUCAUAUUGAUCACCGUGACAAAUCAGAGAGGAGAAGAGAAUAAUGGCUAGCAGAACUCUGAGGUAUCGUGAAGCGUUACCCGAUGAAUAUGAAAGAACCUCCGAUUUCCUAACCUGCGCUUCUUGCGACGUGCGAGUGAUCGGAUUUGUAGUGGAUAAUGAAUCUGAUCAAGAUAGUUUGAACCAACAAGGCACUGUGGCUCCUAGUGGUUUACUAUCACAGCAGCAGAAUCGACUCUCAGCUAUGGACCUUGGCGCAGUCAUUUCAACCCAAGAGCUUGGUGGUUCAAGCACCAGUGGGAGCAACGAAGCAUCUUCUUCGUCCAAUAUUCCAAUCAUCUGCAUAUAUUGCCGAGAGACCGGGGCUGCAGCUGAUACAGUGAUACUAUUCGGAGACGACCAAGACCAAUCAUACGGGAUGGUCCUUUGGUGAGAGAAAGGGAUCUUAGAGAAUGGGAACUUAGACGCGCCAAGUGUCCAUUCCCCAUCGGCUGGGCAAGUCUGUUGCCAGCUGGUGUCCAUUCCCCAGCCAGAACAUAAAUACUCAAUGAAGCUAGAUGCCAAGAGACCAAACUUGCUAGCUCUAUCUACUUAAUUAUAACAAAUCUUAAUUAUGCAUAAAGGAUGGAAAGACGCUAGUUUUAGUGUUUUAGAUUUUCAUGGUCUCUCUAUAACUCUUUUUAAUAUUUAAUAUCCACCUCUUUUUA